AUGUCCACAGACGACGCAGGCUUUACAGCUGCCCUUGAAGAGGCACAGCAAGGCUUUGAAGAGGGCGGCGUGCCCAUUGGAGCAUGUCUCGUGGCGGCCGAUGGAACAAUCUUGGGAAGAGGGCACAACAUGAGAGUGCAAGAGAACAGUGCUAUUCUACAUGGCGAAACGUCAGCAUUGGAGAACGCAGGUCGUCUCCCAGCCUCAGCAUACAAAGGGUCGACAAUGUACACGACUCUGUCCCCGUGCAAUAUGUGUACGGGAGCAUGUAUUCUUUACAAGGUGUCGCGCGUCGUCAUGGGGGAGAAUAACACUUUUGUCGGAGGCGAAGAACUUCUUCGACAGCAUGGCAUUGAGGUUGUGAAUCUUCAGAAUGCGGAAUGCGAGCAAUUGAUGAAAGACUUCAUCGCAAAGCAUCCCGAAGACUGGUACGAAGACAUUGGUGAGGAUGUCUAA